AUGGCCUCUCAGCUCAUACUUUGCAGGCUAGAAGUGAGUAUUGCCUGCACCCCUACCAGACAGUUUUACACAGAGAAGAAGCGAUGGAGACUGGGCAGAAUAAUUGGUCAAGGAGGCUUUGAAUUGAUCUACCUAGCUUCGCAGGAAGUGGACACACCUGUUGGGGAGGACUCUAAUUUUCUCAUUAAAGUGGAUUACCAUGUGGAUUGGCCUCUGUUUUCUGAGCUCAAGUUCCAUCUGAGGGAAACUAAACUUGAGAACAUGCUGAUGUUGAAGGGGAGCAAGAAGCUGGACUUCCUGGGGAUCCCUGCAAACUGGGGAUCAGGACUAGCAGAACACAACAGAACCAGGUACAGGUUCAUGGCGAUGGACCGCCUGGGCAGUGACCUUCAGAAAGUAUGUGAGAGAAAUGGUGACAAGCUAAAGAAACACACAGUGCUACAACUAGGAUGUGUCCUGCUGGAUGUCCUUGAGUAUAUCCAUGACAACGAGUAUGUCCAUGCAGAUGUAAAGAAGGCCAACCUAAUGCUUGGUCACACAGACCCAAACAAGGUUAGCACUAGCGAAUACCUGUCUUACAGGUACAGCCCAGAUGGAGUGCACAAGGAGAACAAGGAAAACCCGAAGAAGGGACACAAAGGAACCGUAGAGUACACCAGCAUUGAUGCUCAACAUGGAGUCGCUCCAUCUAGACGUGGGAACCUGGAGGUGUUGGGCUUCUGUUUGCUCCACUGGCUGUGCUGGGCGCUGCCCUGGGAGGCCAAGACCAGACUCAUGUGUAAUCUACCUGGCUCGGUGCAGCAGCUGUCUGUGGGUGGAGCUUCCACAUAUGAGUUGACCAGGUUCAUACUCCAUGUCAAAGUUAUGGGGUAUAAGCAACGUCCGGAUUACCAGAAGCUGAGAAAGCUGCUGUCCGAGGGGGGACAGAGAGCGAGCAGAGGCCAGAGAAGGCUGGACCGGUCUGGGCUAUGAGGAUAGGUGUCACAUAGUUUCUCCACCAGAGGGUCUG